GAGAGCCCAACAAUGGUGUCAGCAAUUCCUCAUCUCCGUUUCACUUUACCCUUGAGCUUCAAGCCUACCAAACGCUUCCGCAACUCCCUUCCAAUCUCUCCCUCAUGCUCUCUCUCCGAUGCCUCCCCUCUUCUCCGUGCUGCAGCCAGACACACCGUGGAUGCAUUUGUAAGGAGUGGAAUGGUUAUUGGGCUAGGGUCUGGUCAGGCUUCUGGUAUGGCUAUACAAUAUUUGGGUCAGCAACUUCGUGAUGGUUAUUUAAAAGACAUAAUAGGGGUACCUACGUCUGUAGUGAGUGCAAGUGAGGCAGCAAAGUCAGGAAUUCCAUUGGUGGACUAUCAAGAUAGUUCUCAAGUGGGCACACACUAUAAUCAUCUACAAUUUCUCUUUUUUGGGUUUGUGACUGUUAUUACUUCUUUUAUACCGCUCCUCUUCAUUAGGCUUUGAAACUUCAUGUGUCGUAUUUUCCAGUAGAUAUGUAGAAUUUGAUACAAAAUUAGAAAGUUCCCAAGAAAAAAUUAUAGAAACACACAUCUCUAUUGGGUAUUGGCACAUUGCUUUACCUAUGGUCUUUGUUUUUAGCAGUUCAAUUUGUGCUUGUGUUGUCCUUUCUGAAUGAAUAUUGAUUUUGCAUUUGAUGACGUUGAUAUCAUAGAGGAAGGAACACUAAUUGCAGUCAUUGGGCGCCAAAGAUUGCAAGGUGAGGAGUCCAUAAUCCAAGAAAAGUCAAUACUAAAUGCAGCUGAUCAGCUUGUGUUCAUGGUCUCAGAAAAUCAAUAUAAAGGUGUUCUAGAUGGUUCUAUUCCUGUUCUAAUACAAUCUCUCAACUGGAUGAAAACAGCUGAAGAUAUUGAAGACUUCUACUUAGGUGAUGCAGAGGUAUGGAGGAGACCCUCCAUAGGGCAAGCAGGUCCUCUUGGAGGUGACUUUCCAGUAGUCACUAGAGAGGGUCAUAAUAUUCUUGACGUUAUCUUUACCUCUCCAAUAAAGAGCCUUGCUGAAGUUACUGAAAGCCUCAAUAAAAUUGAGGGGGUUGUAGAUCAUGGAGUCAUUUCCAAAUACCCAUGCAGCGCGGUUAUCACUUCAGAGAGUGGACUGUAUGUUGUUGAUAAUAUUCCGACCAAAACUACGUGGGUGUUUAAUCAUACAAGCUGGCAAUGAAGAUCAAUAGAUACUGCUCUUUGGUACAGUUCCCCCAUGUAAGCAUCUGGUAUUAGAUUAAAUACUCUACACUUUAGUAAAAGAAUAACUUGUAUGUUUCCCCCUAGUAAUAUUUUGUCGAUUGAAUCAUUCAGGUGUUCUAUUUAUGAAAUUUUCUUCGUGUGUUUUCAAUUUUGUAGGACAUAUUCUAGAUUCCUGAUUCCCUUUGAUAACAUGAGGAAAAAAAUAGAUCCUUGACAAAGUACUAGCGUCUUUUGUAGUCUGAAGUUUUAGAAUGUCUGUUUUGUUGAAGACUUAAAAAUCUAUACCAUAGGUCCUGUUUGGUCUGGUCGCCAUUUUUCAGGAAAUUGCUUGUCCCCCGGAAACUCUUUCAGUGGAAAUGCAUCAGUUAUUUUGAGCUGGACUGCAUUUUAGCUUAGUUUAAUAACAAUUUACUGUUUUA